UAGCUCAUAAGGAUUUAUGGUCUUACUUGUUGAACAUCAAUGCCCCAAUUCCUUGGCUUGUUUAUGGUGACUUAAUAUCAUCACUUCAUCCAACAAAAGAGCUAUGGACACCCUCUCGAUUCAAAUGCUAUGGACCUUUAUCCGAUGAAAAUGGUUUAGGAUGUGUUCAAAGGAGGAGCAAUUCGACAUCACUAACUCGCAACAACUAUGGUGUUAAUACCAAACUC